GAAGAUUUUAUCGUUUCUUCUCUUGGUUUACACCAGAAACAGGUUUGGCACAGAUCAGAUAACUUCGCAACUAAGGUGAUCACAACUAUGAUGCAAAUUACAAGAUUGCCCAAAGAAAUCAUUGAACACAUCUUUGAAAACUUGAGCACUAAAGAUUUGGUGAGUUGCUCAAUUGCCAACAAGCUUUUCAGCCUCUAUUCUUUGUCAAGAUUAUAUCGAAAUAUCUUGGUGGUCACCAACUCAGCUUAUAUUAUUGAUCAAAAUGGCACAGAUGCCUCUGAAUGGACCUUUUUGAGGUACAGGAACUUGGUUAAAUUUAUUGCUGUGGUUUUAGACCCCAAUAGUAUCACACAUCGGAUUUUACCAUUAAAAGAUGCAAUUUCCAAUAUCAAAAUCAUGUACGAUAACAAUCAGUUCAAUAUCUUGAUAAAUGGAUCCUUGAAUAUUAGUGAAAAAAACUACAGCAACGUCAGUGGUUAUUAUAACAGUGUUAUCAACGACCCAAAUUAUGGCAGCAUUGUCAGUGAUUCUGACAGUGAUGACAACAAUGAUGGUAGUGAUGAUAACAAUGAUGAAAUUGAUAAUACAUUGUACGGUGAUAAUAAUAAUGAUGAAUUUUUUAAUGACGCUAUUCAAAAUGAAGAGAUAACUCUAAGUGAUAAUAAUCUUAAGGAAAGUUCAAACUUUUUUUCAUACCAUGAUUUAAAUGAUCUCUUGUAUUCAUUUUCUUUAAAUAACUCCUCAGUAUCACAGCCUGAUUCAAUGAUCUCUCACAAUAAAAACUAUGACAUCAAUUUUCUAAAUUUACUAUCAAAUCUAAACAAUCUACAUUCAAUCAAUAUCGUUCAACCAACCCAUGUUUCUCAUCAUUAUAGUGUUUAUAAUCAUAAUUACAAUAUUCUAUCAUUUUAUAACAAUAUAUCAAAAUCAAUCAAUUUGAAUUCAAAAACAAUUUUAAAUUACUGGAGAUUUAAUUUUUCACUUUUUAGUAAUUUCAAUUCAAUCAUAAGUUUCCAGAAUUUGAAAAAACUAGACUUGUUGUUAGAUGAUAUAAUAUCCAUCAAUACUAAUACGCGCAUCAAUUUUGACAACUUUGACGAUAACAAUAACUAUAAUAAAUACGAUAGUAUGAUUAUAAAUAUAAAUACAUUGAAAUUAUUUUCACAUAUUGAAACAUUAAACAUUAGAUCAACUAAUAUCAAUUCAUUCUUUGAUUUUCUUAAAAAACUAUACCUUUUUGAAAACGACACUGGUUUACCUAUUUUUGCAAACUUAUCAUCUCUUAGUUUUAGUUUAAUCAUACAGAAAUUGUAUUUUAAUUGUUCUGAUCCAAAUGGUAUGAAUGAAAAUCCAAAUGGAAACGACUUUUUAAAAUAUUUUAAUAAAGCCUUUAAUAUCAAUCAAUUAGUACAAUUGGAAAUGAAUUUGGGCUGUAACUGUCCUAAUAAUCAGUAUUGUAAUAAAUGUAUAACUACAUUUUUAAAUGAUUUAUUCCCCAAGAAAUGCGAGAAAUUAAAAAAGUUAUCAAUAACCAGAAUAUUCCUUUCUAGAUCUAUUGUCCAAGAUAAUAAUGACUUUAAUAUUAACAAUAACAACAAUGAACUAAAUAAUAACGUAAACGUUAAUCCAGACACGAAUCAAACUGAAAAUAAUAGCAACGAUAAUGAUAGUGACAAUAAUAAUCACAAUAAUAACUAUUUUGAGUUUUUAAAUAAUAUCAAUAAAAUUUUGGGAUAUUUUCAAAAUUUAAGUUAUCUCUAUUUGGAUCUAUUUAAUAAUGAAUUUAUUAAAAAAUUUAAAAAUGAUUUUAUAAAUAAACUAACGGAUUAUUUAAACAAGUUGAAAUUUAACAAUGGUGAUGAUGAUGAAUUACCUUGGGAUUAUGAAUAUAAACAAGUUUUAAUGAAGAUUUAUAAUAUUAAAACAUUUAAAUUUAAUAAAGAAGGAAAAAGUGAAACCAAUUAUGAAGAAUAUGUUAAUGAUUUUUUUAUAAAGGGUUAUAACAAAUUAUCAUACACUUUUUUUUCAAAAUUAAGAAAAAAUUGUUCACAGUUGAAAACAUUAAUAAUACCAAAUUUAUUUAAUAAUUUUUUAAUUAAUAUGAUCAAUUAUAAUAAUUUCAAUGAAUUUUAUGAAAAUAAAGGGUAUGAUCCAUUAUUAAAAUUUUUAGAUAAUUGCAAUUGCGAGAAAUGCAAAUAUAUCAAGAAAAAAUUAAAAAUUUUAACCAUCUACUAUAAUGAAUUUGGUGGAGGGUAUACAAAUUAUAAGAACUAUAAGAAUUAUAAAGAAUUGAUUAAUUAUUUGAUUAACGAUAUCAUAGAUAAUUAUUCAUUAAUUAGUUUUAAGAAUAUUGACGAAAUAAAUGAAGAAAUUAAUAAUGAAAAUUAUUUUAAUAGAGAAAAUGAAAUCAGCUUUAAAUUAUCUAGUAAUAAUAGUAAUUUAAACUUCAUUAAGGACAAUUGUUUAAACUUGUAUAAUUAUAAAUUUAAUUAUCGAUCAGAGAAUAUUAAAGAGCACAUUUACUCAUAUCAGUUUUUAAAUCAGGAUAAUUUGAUUCGGAAUGAAAUCAAAAAGAUUAACGGAGGAAACAGUUUUAAUGAAUUUAAUGAAAACAUAAUUAAAGAAAGAAAUAAAAAUGAGGAUUUUUUAAUAAUUAAAGGGAAUGAGUUUAAAUGUUUCAUUGAAUUGAUUAAUCAUUGUUUUGAACCGAUUUUGAGGUUUAUUUUUAAUUUUUCUAGUUUAAAACAGAUAUAUUUUAAUGGGUUUUUGUUUGAGUUGAGAAAUAAUGAAAUUGUAUCGAAUUAUUCUAAGUUUUUUUAA